UAUUGUCGUCACGACAGUAGAAUAUUAUGCGUGAGUGGUGUGAGUGCUAAGCCACUUUGUAUAAUAAAAGCAUCAUGAAAGUGUAGUACCGUGCCUUAGAGUAAAUCAUAAGAGAAGAACAAAAUUAACGCGAGAAAGGUGCGAUUUACUGAAUAUACCGCGCCACUUCAAAGACCUUACGCAAGGACGAAUACACGAGAAUUGGGUUCCGUGAAGAGUUCCAAUAAUAACUUUCUCCGUUUACUUUGUUAGUGUUCGACGCAAUGUCCGACACGGUUAGUGAUAAUGCCAAGUACAAGUGGACGCCCGAGAGUACUGCAUUGUUGGUUUCGGUGUGGUCCGACCGACAAGUACAAAAGCAGCUCGAGUAUGCUCCGCGACCGCAAGUGAUCUGGGAGAAUGUUGCGCGGUACAUGCGCAAGAAAGGUUACAACGUCGGAGCUAAACAUUGCCGAUCACGUAUGAAACAAGUUCUGGUGUGCUAUAAAGAAGCUAAGCAAGCGGGAACGCGCUCCAGUUUAGAACAAUACUAUGAAAUUAUUGACAGAGUGAUGAAAAGUAAGCGUCUGGAGCAAAUUAAUGUCAAUGGUAUAGAUACAGUGGAUGCAACUGCAAAUAUAAAGUCACCUCCUAAGGAUGUGAAGACGAACAAGAAUUUACAAAUGAGGUUGAAAGUUCAAGAGCCUGUGCAAUCUCUUUAUCGAACAGAUGCAUUGUCUCCUACAUGGAUGAUAGGAUAUGAAAAUGAGUAUCCAGAUUCACCUGAAUCAAAUGAAACUAUAAUUGCCAGACCAUACAAGGUUUUCUCACCUACGAGAGAUGUUGCCAUAAAUACCAACAAGCCACAUUUAAUCCAAGUUGGUAAUCAGGCAGUACAGACAAAUUUGAUCGCUUCAGAGGAACCAGUGCGGGAGGAUUAUCAACAAAAUUUGUCCCACUAUCCAUAUGGAGAGAUUCCUUAUCAGAACACAGUGCAGAAUGUACAAAACCAGAUUAUUCAGGAGAAUAUGCAACAGAAUAUUCAGCAAAAUCAAGUAUGGAAUCAGUUACCACGGCAAAAUGUGCUAACAAACGAAUAUGUUGGUCUACAACAGAAUGUUCUUAAUCAUGUAAAUCGAUGCUUGCCGAGCGGCGUGAUGCAGGGCAAUAUGAUGCUGAUCCAGAAUCCUAAUGCGGAGAACAUUAUACAUCAGCAAAAUCAAUCACAGCAGAAUACACUACAUAUGGACAAUCGUGCAAUGCCUCAGGAACCGCGUAAGAUCAGUUUUGGACAGAAUCUACAAACUGACAGAAUGUAUAAGCAAUAUAAAGACAUCGCGCCUCGUUUAGUUUGCGCGAUUGAUGUCAAUAGCAAGAAUACUGAUUCAAUGUCGCCGGAUUAUUCGCCAGAUGUGUCACAGAACUUAAACGAUGCUUUUUGCCUGUCAAAGAGCAAUGAAAAAACGCACAAUUUAAAUGAGACGUAUAAUCAACCUGACCACUUGAUUGACAAUCCUAUACUAAGAUCCAAUGCAGAUGCGACUGUCGUGACGAAUAAUGCAACUUGCAACGACACUCUGCUGUUGGAAUAUUUAUUAGAUUCGCCAACUCCGUCCGAGAACAUUGGAAAAUUAAGAGAUAGCGCCGUAAAUACGGAUAAUGUGCCGAGUGCACCGUUCAGAAAGAAGAAAGCACAGAAAUUGGAGCAACUUAUGCUCAGCGCAAUUAAUUCUCAAAAUGAAGUUGUUAAUAAGAUCUUGACUGCUCAGAACAAUAUGGUGGCGCGAUUUUUCGAUGUGGACAGAGACCGGCAAAAUAAGUUUGAAAUCAGACUGGAUCAUUUAUUAAAUGUUGUUCAUGCCAUUGUACUUAACAAAAAUGCGGAAGCGGAACGUGGGACGUCGCCGUCACGGUCAUCGUCUUCACCAGAACCUGUUAUAACUGCUUUGCAUCCACCUCCGAAACCUGGAAUGGUUCCACCUAAGUUAGAUCUGGUCCCACCGAAACCUUGUCGUGUUCCUUGUACAAUACCAAGCUCAAAUGUCGAAUUGAUCAAUCAUAAUCCCAUCUCGACCAGACCUGGCGUCGUCUCUCCGAUUACUAGUCCAGACCGGAAACUCGGCACGAUAUGGUCGAAAUUGGGUCCGGUGUCCCAAUCGCCGUUCGUAAAAGCUCAACAACGACUUGGUCUUCAAACUAUUGCAAUCAAAAACGACGCUCGUAUGCAAUCCUCGGCGGAGAGACGUAUCGCUAAACAACUAGGUAGAUCAAAUAUGAACACGCGAAGCUUGAUUUACGAGACUGUUAAGUUACUAGAGAUAGAGCGGCAGCUCGAAGAGAAGAUCGAGAAUGCAAGACUAGAGAUGACAAUGCGUCAAACCUUAACUGCGCGCAGAAAACUGUUUACACAGCGCGAACCUACUCCUAUUAUAAUAUUGACUGCAGCAUUCUUAGACGCUGAGUGUUGCAUUUAUGAACUAGAUCCACCCUAUCACGGUACGUGGGAGUCAUAUGUCAUAAAUCAUAUUAAGUUAAGGUACACUCAACGAGAUAAUGUUUUGACCGGGCAGGGUGAAAGCUAUGAACGUAUGCAUCACUUGAAUACUGCUCGACGUGAUUAUUUGGAUUGUAAACCAUGCAAUUCUUCGACACCAGCCAAGUUGCCAUCAUACAAUCCCAGCAACAAUGUUGGCGAAACCGCCACACACAUUGGAGUCCCGAAGCAGACUAUUCAACAACUUGCGCGACUCGUGAUGAAUAGUGCGAGAUGGCGAGAUCCAGUUCAACAUAUUCAACAACUUAAUUCAGUUCGUCCAACAAUGGCGUCGACUCAAUCGAGAAAGCAAAACGUGCCUGAUAUUGAGUAUAACACGACGUUCACUGCCCCUAAAGCUAAUGCACCUUCACUAGUUACUGAAAAAAAAUUGCGAGCAUUCGUAGAAGAUUCUGAAGUAAUGCAACAGAAACAAGGAAAUCAUGAUGAAUUAAUGUCAUUAGAAAACAAUCUGCAUGGCCAAACAAAAUUUCCCAUAGGCUUUACUACCGAUAUGCUGAUUGCUAACGAGCAGGAAGGUGCUACCGUGCCGAAACAAAUUAAUAACGGUAAAACAAUAUCUAGAUCAUUGGAAUUCGUCGACAAUCCGCAAAUCAAUCGUAAAAAUAAUGUUCAAUUUUUGGACGACGCAUUGGCCGAGUUGCAACAUAUAUAUGCUGAACGUCAAGCUGCAGUAGAGAAUGCUGGUGAAAUAUUAUCGUUUGCAAUAAAGAAUAAUCACGGUAAUAACGACGCGAUAAGUCGCAAUAUGAUAGAACGGUAUGUGAACGACUUGAUGAUGCCGAUGAAGCUGACUCAUGAUAAGGAUAUAGAAUCAGACAACGAUGACGAGUUCCUCGAUACUACCACUAAUAUGCAUUCAAAUUGUGUAGCAUCUCGCCGAGGCUCACUCACAUCAAAUGGCACAGUAUCGACUGAGACUGCUCGCUCUUUGAAACUCAGCAAAGCGGCAGGCAAUAACUGUACAAUAAGUUAAGAUUAUUCUUUUCUGAAGGGUCUAAUAAAACGGAUUGGCACUUUUGUUCAGUCUGUCUUUAACUUUUAAACUUAACUUUGAUGUUUAAUGUCUUCGUCAUUAUUUUGUGCUUCUUUUGUACUGCUCCUUUAAAACUCAUGAAAGCAGUAGCUAAUCGUUGGUAAAUAAGUUAAAAACAGAUUUUCUACUAAAUCAGUAUCAAGUCCAAUUCUUUGAUACCUGUGGCUAAACUCUAGUUUCUAUCUGACAUUCUCAACUCUUACGUUUUUCUUGCAUUUUGUGUAACCGAUCAAUUGCUUUCUAUGACUUUGUCUUCUAUAUUUAUAUAUUUUUAAUUUGUGAAAUCAUAGCUCGGCUUGAUAACUGUUCUGCUAUGCUGAGUCUUCCAUUAUUUGUUAUUUCUCAAUGAAAGAUCUGUAAUUUUAUUAUCGUGGAAUGGACAAUUACAGAAAUUAAAGUUUGAAUUAACAAUAUAGCCUGAAGUUUUUAUAGGUGAUAAAAUGAUCUAUUAGUUUACACCGAGAGGACUAAAUGUGAACUGACCUAUACCGUGACCAAUCGCAGUCGAUUAUUCUUGUAAAAAUCAACUGCGAUUGGUCACAGUAUAGGUCAGUCUGCGUUUAGUCCUCCGGUGUAAACUAAGAAGUAUAUUCUAUAACUUUUGACGACAUCAUUAUGUAUCAUUGCGCAGAUUUUUUGUAUUAUGAAAUAACUACGCAGCGAGACAUAACGACAUCAUUAAACGUUAUAAAAUAGGCCUCUAAGGCCCGUAUUCUGAGUUCUCUUUUAACGAUAAAUGAGUCUCUAAAAGAGCCACUUAGGAACCACUUGAUUGGCUGAGAAGCUACAUUUAAGACACUUUUAUCGAUAAAAGAGGAUUCAGAAUAUGGACCUAAGCAUAUGAGAACUUAGAUUUUACUAGUACAACAAUCUAUAUAUUACUAAUUCGAAAUAUCAAUAAUAGUCUAGUUAUAUAUUGUUUUUGUAUUCGUGAGAUAAUAUACAUUCCAUAAAAGUAAUAUGUUAUA